GAGGCGCGGCGGCUGGGCGUCCAGUGGCCUCCCUGGAGCAGCGGCGAUCGGGCCUCGCCCUCCGCUGGCCUGGCCGGGAGACAUGUCGGGGCGCGCGGAAGCGGACCAGACGCGCGCCGCCGCGCAGGAGGAGAGCGAGGACGAAAGCGAGGUGCUGGAGGAGAGCCCGUGCGGCCGCUGGCAGAAGCGCAAGGAGCAGGUGAACCAAGGCAACAUGCCUGGGCUCCAGAGCACGUUCCUCGCCAUGGACACAGAGGAAGGCGUGGAGGUGGUGUGGAAUGAGCUGCAGUUCAUGGACAAGGCGGCUUUCAUGGCGCACGAGGAGAAGAUCAAGGUCACCUUUGAGCAGCUGGUGGUCGUUGACCAUCCCAACAUCGUGAAGGUGCACAAAUACUGGCUGGACGUGAAGGAAAGCAAAGCCCAAGUGAUCUUCAUCACAGAGUAUGUCUCCUCAGGGAGCCUGAAGCAGUUCCUGAAGAAGACCAAGAAAAACCACAAAGCGAUGAAUGCCAGGGCAUGGAAGCGCUGGUGCACCCAGAUGCUCUCAGCUCUCAACUACCUGCAUUCCUGCGAUCCCCCCAUCAUCCACGGCAACCUCACUAGUGACACGAUCUUCAUCCAGCACAAUGGGCUCAUCAAAAUUGGAUCAGUCUGGCAUCGUGUUUUUGCAAAGGCCCUUCCGCCUGAACUCCACAGCCCGGUCCAUACAGAGCGGGAAGACCCGCGGAACCUGCACUUCUUCCCACCGGAGUACGGAGAGAUAGCUGAUGGCACAGCGGUGGACAUCUUCUCCUUUGGGAUGUGUGCACUGGAGAUGGCUGUGCUGGAGAUCCAGUCAAAUGGGGACACCUCCGUGACCAAGGAGGCCAUUGAGCGAGCCAGGCAUUCUUUGGAUGACCCCAACAUGCGGGAAUUCAUCCUGGGCUGCCUACUCCUGAAUCCCAGCCGGCGGCCGACAGCACACGACCUGCUGUUCCACCAGGUGCUUUUUGAGGUCCACUCCCUCAAGCUCCUGGCUGCCCAUUGCUUUAUCGCCCACCAAUAUCUGUGGCCUGAAAAUGUCGUGGAAGAGAAAACCAAGGAGCUGGAUCUCAGCGAGGUGAUGGCAGAGAUUCGGCGGGCAGGGCGGCUGCCAGUGCAGUGGAGAUAUUCAGAACUCUCUUUCCUGGAAUUGGACAAAUUCUUGGAAGACGUCAGGAACGGCAUCUACCCCCUGAUGAACUUUGCCACUGUCCGGCCCCAUACCUUGCCACAGUCCAGUUCCCAGGCCCUGGAAGGCCCCCAGAAAGCCCAAACUCCCACACCGGAGCCUUUUGAUGUAGAGACACGGAAGGUGGUGCAAAUGCAGUGCAACAUGGACUGGCAGGAGGAAAGGCGGCAAUGGCACCUGACCCUCCUCCUCACCCUGGAAGACAAGCUCCACCGCCAGCUAAGCUACGACCUGCUCCCGAGCGACAGUGCCAGAGACCUGGCGGCUGAACUGGUGCACUAUGGAUUCAUCAGCCAGGACGACCGGGAGAAGCUGGCGGCGUUCCUGGAAGGCGCCCUGCAAAGACCCCGGGCUCCUCCCGCCCGAGGCGCCGGCUCCAGCCCCGAGGCCGGCGGCCAGAAGGGCCCGUGAAGCGGCACCGGCCGAACGAGGGAGAGAAGCCGGCUGCCCGGCAACCUCUGCUUGGACGGGGCUUGCCGCCUCUCGGCCGCCUUCCUUCCCUCCAACCCACGGAGGCGACGAGGGGCAGCGCCUUCCUUAGGACACGGCGGGAGCGGGGCUCGCCCGGGAAAGGUCAGGCAGAGCGGGGGCUCCUCCCGGGGCUUCUCCGACCGCAGCUGCCUUUUCCCCGCGCGGCAGCCUCCUCCGCCACGCACGCGCGCCCUUCUCUCCCAACCCCCCCCCCCCCCGCAUUAAAGCCCCC